ACAGACUUUGCCCUACACAACUCAUAACAGGAAGCAGAGGAGUGCCAACGGUUUGUUGAGAGAUAUAAUAUGAACAGAGAGCAGCCUCCCCCUCCAUACAACCCCUAUUACCCUCCGCAAUAUCCUAAUGCAACGCAGGGCAACAUUGGGCAGCCCACCGCUGGCAUGAUGCCCCCCGUUGUUGAACAUGUCAAUAUAGGGAUUCCAGACAGCGCUCCCCCUGAAUACACCCUUGGAUUUGAAGAUGAGAACUGCUUUUCAGAUGCUACCAUAAGAAGAGGUUUCAUAAGAAAAGUGUAUCUGACACUUAUGGUUCAACUAUUAACAACUGUUGGAAUCAUCUGUGCUUUUCUUUACUGGGAGACACUCAAGGAUUGGGUGAGAGACACAUACUGGUUUACCUACACUAUGAUGUGUGCAACAUUUGUUCUAAUCAUUGUGCUCAUCUGUUGUGGUGACAUACGUCGCAAAGUUCCCUUAAACUUCAUCUUCUUAGUGCUGUUUACAAUCACAGAAGGCUUUCUCCUUGGAUCAGUGGUAGUGUACUAUUCAGCAGAGGCAGUGCUCUGGGCAGUGGGUGCAACUGCUUUGGUGUCUCUUGCAAUGAGUUUGUUUUCACUGCAGUCUAAAUGGGACUUCACAACUCUGUCAGGGAGCAUAUGGGUAUUAUGCUGGACGCUGUUUUCAUUUGCAUUACUCUGUGCAAUUCUGAGAUCACAGUAUCUGUACAUCCUUUACGCAUCACUGGGAACUUUGAUCUUCUCUGUGUACCUGGUGAUGGACACGCAGCUCAUACUGGGCGGAAAGCACAAAUACAGCAUCAAUCCAGAAGAGUACAUCUUUGCUGCUCUGAACUUGUACCUUGAUAUUAUCACAAUUUUCUUAUUAUUGCUUCAAUUAAUUGGACUUUGUCGUUGAUGUGGUUAUGAGCAUCAUGAUUGCUUCCCCACUCAACACCUGUCUCAUGUAGACUGUAUUGUUUGAGACACAUUUUUACAUUUUUUCAAACAUAGCUUCAUCUUGUCUGCAACAUAAUAGAAGUUAAACUGAA